AUGAAGACCGCCGUGCUACUUUCAGCUCUUAUGCCCAGUGCGCUGGGCGCAACAAUUUACCUGGCUGGUGAUUCAACCAUGGCAAAGAAUGGCGGUGGAUCAGGCACAGAAGGCUGGGGUGAAUAUGUCUCACCCUAUACCUCAUUGACGGUAUCCAACAAGGCCAUUGGCGGCCGUAGUGCGCGCUCAUACACUCGCGAGGGCCGAUUCGACGCCAUUGCAGAUGUCGUGCAGUCUGGAGACUGGGUCGUAAUCGAAUUCGGCCACAACGAUGGUGGCUCUUUAUCUACCACCGACAACGGGAGAACCGACUGUGCAGGCACUGGAAGCGAAACAUGCAGCACUGUCUACGACGGUGUUGCCGAGACCGUUCUUACCUUCGGUGCCUAUGUCAAGGCCGCCACGAAGAAGUUCCAGGCGAAGGGAGCUAACGUGAUCAUCUCAUCUCAGACUCCAAACAAUCUCUGGGAGACUGGUGCGUUCGUUUACUCUGAGCCUCGCUUCGUGGGAUACGCCAAAACUGCAGCUUCCGAGGCGGGCGUCCCGUAUAUCGAUCAUUUCGCAUACGUUGCGGACCGCUACGAGUCCCUGGGCCUCACCACUGUGAACAGCUACUUCCCGAAUGAUCACACUCAUACUAGUGCCGAUGGUGCGUCUGUCGUGUCUCAGGCAUUCUUCAAGGCUGUUGUAUGUGGAAACGUCGCGCUGAAGAGUUCCCUGACCACCAGCUCUUUCCCGGGCUCUUGUCUUUGA